AGCUUUGUUAAGAGAAAAAGGUGCAGUCUUUGUUAAAAAACUUUCAACGAAACUUAGAUCUUUCUCAUUUUAAAUGCUUUUAGAUGUUAAAGAUUAGAUAUUAAGAAAGUUGGAGUUUUAUUGGUAUGUUUCUUUUACAUGUAGUAUAGUUUCGUCUUCGUUCUCCCUGACAUUUUUCUACUUAUAAGGUUCUUCAAGAAAAAGGUGAAGUCUUUCCAACGAAAACUUCAUUCUUUCUCAUUUUAAAUGCUUCUAGAUUUAGAUCUGUAAGAAAAAAGUUUGAGUUUUUUUUGGUAUGUUUCUUUUAGUAUAGUUUCCGUCUUCCUUCUCCCUGAGUUUUUUCUUCUUGGAUUCCUCUAGAAAAAAAGGUCAAGUCUUUCCAACAAAAGCUUCAAUCUUUUUUCAUCUUGAGGGUUUUGAUGUGCAAAGACUAGAUUUUUAUAAGAAAUUUCUAGUUUUUUGGUAUGUUUCUUUUACCUGUAUAGUAUAGUUUCGUCUUCGUUCCCUGAGCUUUUUCUUCUUGCGUUCCUCUAGAGAAAAGGUGAAGUCUUUCCAACUAAAACUUCAAUCUUCUUCAUUUUAAAGGUUUUUGGAUGUCCGAGACUCGAUUUUUAUAUAAGGAAAGUUAAAGUUUUGUUUGGUAUGUUUCUUCUUCUAAUGGAGUAUAUCUUCGUUCUUCAUCAGUUUUAUUUGGGGUUCUUCUAUAUUAAAGUUGUAAACUUUUCUAUGAUCUUAAGACGUCGUCUCUAGUUUAUUUGAUUUCGCAAGUCUUUCUCUGAUUCUUAGCUUUCUGUUGAUUUGUUUGUGCAUUAAUUUCUUACUUCAACAAUUUUCAUCUUAUAAAGGGUGGGUAUUACUAUUUGGGAUGUCAAAGCAACAUUUUCAUUUCCCAUCAGUUGUCUUUGGGUUCUUUUAUUCAAAAAUGUAAACUUUCUUUUUCUCUAUCUUAACCGUAUAUAUAAUCGUAUUUGUUGUCUGAUUUAUUUUGCAGGUCACUUCACUAUCUGACUGAUCUGACUCCGUUUGAUAUACAAGAGGAGCGAGAGGAUGGAUCCGAACAAGCAUCCACUAAAGGCUCCUAUUGGAGGGAAACCCAAUAGAAAAAACCAAAAUAUCCAAGCAAAAGCCGCAGCUGAAUUGAGGAAAAGAGCUGAAGCGGCGGCGUCAUCCUCUCAAGCGACCAAUGAAAAGACAUUCCGUGAGCUCUUAGGCAUAGUUGAUUGCAUCAUAAAAGAUUGGGGUGCUGAGGCCGGUCAAAUCAUUGGUCGUAAUGGACCAAGGAGAUAGAGACAUUUGCUGGGCAAUUUGCUUUGCAGGCCUUACGCAAGCUCUUCAUAACAUGACACGUCCAGUCAACCAGCAUGUGGAGAUUUCAAUUGAAGAACUGAUAAAUCAAAUCAAGCCUGGUGCAUCAGAAAGCUUUGGACUUGCCAACCUUAAGAUAGCCAUCAAACACAUUGCUAAGAAUGGAAUCUUGAAGCAGCCAGCAAGAGAAAAAAAAUCUCAAGAGGCCAAUGCUGUGGGGACGAGAUAUCACGAAACUUUUCAACUCCACCAAGACGUGGACGCUGACUUUCUCCAAGCAAGACUGGAUAGGUAUCCUGUUGCUUUGAUACUGCAGAUGGACGCUGAAUUUUUAGCUCUUGGCCAGGACGGUAUUUAUCACAUGCGAAAGAAAGCACCCAUAACCAAAGACACUUCUUUUCACUGCAUGCUACUGAUUGGAUACGGUGUAACUAGGGAAGGUAAAACUUUUUUCAUUGGGCAAAAUUCUCACGGUGAAGAGUGGGGCUGCAAGGGUUAUGCCAUCGUCUUUAUCAAUAACGAAUGUGACAUAUUCUGUCGACAAGACUAGGUUGUUUCUUUUCUUUUUCCUUUCAAGGAUGAACUUGUCUUUUUAC